UAGAACAUCGAUCAGUGGUCCUGUUGGGUUCGCGGGAGGAGAGUGCUCUGAAGGGGGGAUGGGAGGUCAGGGUGGCCUGCCAGCUACGCCUCCUGAUCAAGAGGUGGGCAUGUCAGACGACGCAGGGGACGACCAUCCGCGUGCUCCUUUGAAACCGGGCUUACAUGUAUCUCGCCACCACGGUUUGCUUGGGCAAUCGACGCCACAUGGAGGCGGCGAUGGCGAACGGUUGCGACAGGGCUCAGAAUCGACGGCUCCUCGUGGUGUGGUCGAAAGGAUCGGUUCGUUCGUUCGUGGCAUGCAGGUGGCCGAGGUUUCACUUGGAGAUCGAGCGGGUGGUCCGCAGGUUCGGGAGGUGCGUAGGUCAGAUGAGACGACUCGCCGGGCCCGACCAGCGCCGGCGCAACUGCAGACGGAGUUGAGCCAGGAACGAGAAGCAAGUGGGAACGUCGCCAGUGAGGAGGAGGUGUCCGAGCAGGGGCCGUUCCGUGAGAGAUCGGCUGAAAAGACUGAGUCGGGAGGCAGGCGCAACUUGCCAGAUGAGGAAGAGCGAGAGGGAGUAGGUGCUCUGCAAAGGCAGAGAAAGGCAGGAGGCAGUGCUCGGACGCCAACAACACGAGAGGGUGGUUCCGUUGAGAAGAGGAAAAGGGUUGGAGGUGGGGAUGAAACGCCAAAAUUCUUGUCGAUACGGCGAAGAACCGGUGAGUCUUCCGGGAAACGGUCGAAAUCAUCGAGGGGGAAGAAAGCAGACGAGGGCGACAGCGGGGAGGGGGAUGACGACGUGGAGAUUAACCUCAACGCCUUUAACCUCGACAAUGCGUUCUUCCUUGAGAUGCAGAUAGGGGUGCAGAAGAACGUCGUGUUGCACAUCAAUCCCGAAAGAAUAUUAGCUAUUCCAGACUGGGAAGAUGCGUACAACCACCAAUCCUCGGACGAGUUCCUCGUUGAUACCAUCGCGUCGGCUAUGAUCGAUUGCUACGAACGCAAAGACAUGAGAUAUAUGAAGCCCAUUUUCGUUCUCGCUCCGAUCGUCGCGCCUCCAGAGAACGGCGAGCCUGCUGUGCGCGUGCCUGCUGACUCCAACAGCUCACACCCGAAGAAAUACUGGUAUUAUCCUGUGUGUGGACAGCAUAACGCGAGGGCGACGAUGAUGGUGAAACACCAUCCCGUGUUUGAUUACUACAACUUCUGUAAAUGGCCAUUUAGACCGAUCUACUUCCCCGACGACGAGUUCGACGGCUACGCCCAUGUCAACUGUGAAGACAACAUGAAAGACAAGAAGAAUCCACCGCGCUUGCAGUUUUUCCAGGGGCUGAAGAAACACGUCUCGUACGUGAAGGUGGACGACCCGUCGUUGAAAAGGGGCAGGGGGAAGCCAAAGAAAGGCGCAGAGGAGAAAACUUUCUACGUGAAAGUUCCGGAGCCAUAUGUCCACUGCUGGAAGGAACUGGUGGACUUGACGGACCGCGAGAAGAAAAGGCUGUUGAACGGCGUCUUGAACCUUAACGUCGUGUGGGUUCAAACGAGAAGCAAGAAGUUGGCCGAGCAGGGGAAAUUCAGUGUCAAGGAGAUGGUCGACAUAAUAAAAAUGGACCGGAUUAUGCUGAGGCUGUGGCACUACGUGGAGUUCGAGAACGAGGAAAUGGAUAAGCAGGAGUGGAAUGCCAACUCCACGUUCUUCAGGUCCAGGAAGCAACUGUUCGAAGAGUUCAAGGACAGAGGUCUCAACGACAAGCUUUGGAACGAGAGCAGGAAAUUUUUCACGGACACCACAUACGUCAACAAGUGCCCUCAGUUUCUCGGGUGUCAACACGACAACAACAUCAAGAGAACGGCAGCCCUCGUCAACGACCAGCAUUUCCCGGCGGAGUGGAAGCGUGUCGUCCUUUCGGUGAUCACUAGAGAUCGCGCCAAAGGCAAAAAAAGUCCUCGGGGCGUUGAUGAAUGCAUCAACAUUAUGUGGACAAGGACAAGCGCCUUGACGACACUGGCCCAGUUUAACGUCGACCCAUUGAGUGCCAAAGAUCAUAAGGAGGCGUUGGGAAAACUAGGGCAUCAGCUACGCUCCCACACUUGCGUGCUCGACUUAUGCGGUACUGUGGACCGUGCGCAAUGGGACUCUGGGGCAUUCGCGUCUCUCAGUGAGUUGCUGGACAUUGGUGGUCUUCGUUCCCUGCCUGUGGAACCUCUCCUUCAUGACAUGUUUGUCUGCGCUUGGGGCUACCCGAUGCUACACGGGGAAGUGGGUUCGAAAGACGACAUCGAAGAAGACGCAUCAGUUCGGAAACAGCGUCUGGGAGGAGCCGGAUGUGAUGCACAUCCUUUUCAAAGGCGAGGAUCCUCGGCUACUGACUCACCCGGUAGGGGGGCUCUGUACAAGGACGGCAAGCGGAAUCCGAAUCAGUUGUGCAAUCAGCUUCUUUUCUUCUGUGGUGUGGCGGAUGUCGUGCUGUUCUUGGGCAAGCCGCACGCGCACGUGGUGUGGAGUCUGCUUCAGCAGGGAAGGCACGUCUUGGUCGUGGAUGGGGACAUAACGCAGCUCGAAUACACCGUGCAGUAUGUCACCCAUGAAGUGUCGUCCAAGCCUUGCCCAUGCGAUUUCCACCAUGUCGUGGUCGAGCCUGUUUAUGACCCAAACAAGGACAUGUUCUUCAAGUUGACUCUGAAGAAAAGGCGCCAGGUCUACUCCUUUCUUUACGACGAACAACCAAGGUUGAGAUUUGACCCGCAGUAUGUGGUGCGGAAGGAAGUCGCCAUUGCGGUCCUCCAGGGCUACCACGGAGCAAGUCGGGCCGGCGCUGUGAGCUUCAUUAAGAGGCUGGAAUAUGUCUUUUUUAACGAGGAUGUUGUCGAUCCGACCGACUUCACUUUGGAUAAGUACAAGCUCGCAUUCGGUGAGGAGGACGACUUUAAUAUCGAGACUGAGCAGGAGGAGAGCGUUGAGGACGACCUCUUCGAUUUGGACGGGCAAUUGACCAUCUUCAACGCCCAAGUUUCUGAGUCGCUACACCUACCUCGGGCGGUCCCAAGCCCAUGUCCUCCUCAGCGCCUGUCAAGAGGGGUGGGUUAUCUCGUCUGAGGAGUUCGCCGGGGGAGCCUAUUCGUCUCACGCCGCAGCCCGAACGUCUUCGACCCAACCAUCCCGUUCCUCUGGACCAUCCGCAUCUCAAGGCUCCUGCGGCUCCCUUCCACAUGGGCGACAAACACACCUUCUCCACAGCUGAAGAUUGGGGCCAUGAUAUCGUGUGGCACCCAGACCAAUUCCAGCCAGUCCUUCUCGACGGCGAAUGGGCAGUGGCUGUGAGGGACGUAAGUGGAGGGUGGAUAUAUGACGAUCGUUGGGACCUCGAGACAUUUGAAUCGCGCGCCUACGAUGCGGUAUUGGAGAGAUUAAGUGAGGUCAAUCGACGAAGUAAGGACGACCCUGCUCUUCGCGAAUACCGGGACACGCUGUUCGAGUUAUUGCAGUCAAAUAAAUGGCUGGAAGUGUC